AUGGCUAUUAAUAGUCCACUAACGAGCGAGCCACCCAUGUCUCUGUCUAGAAACGUACGGAAUGAUGAUUUGCGAAAGAAGUCAAUAGUGUUCGAUGCCUUGGUGAUAAAACACGAGUCCAAUAUACCUUCACAAUUCAUAUGGCCGGACCACGAAAAGCCUUGUGCGAACCCACAGGAACUUCAUGUUCCACUAGUCGACUUGGGCCGCUUCCUCUCUGGGGACACCACGGCCGCCACGGAAGCAUCCAAGCUGGUUGGGGAAGCGUGUCUAAAGCACGGUUUCUUUCUAGUAGCAAAUCAUGGUGUAGAUGCCAAACUCAUAUCGGAUGCUCAUCUUUACAUGGACCAUUUCUUUGAGCAACCUCUUUAUGAGAAGCAAAAAGCUCAGAGAAAACUUGGGGAACAUUGUGGAUAUGCUAGCAGUUUCACAGGGAGAUUCUCCUCCAAACUACCUUGGAAGGAAACACUUUCUUUUCGAUACUCUGCAGAAAAGGGCUCAUCCCACGUCGUCCAAGAGUAUUUUAACAAGACAUUAGGCGAAGAUUUCGUGCAUUUAGGGAAAGUUUACCAAGAAUAUUGCAAUGCAAUGAGCAAAGUAUCUCUUUGGAUCAUGGAACUUUUGGGGAUGAGCCUUGGUGUGAGCCGAAGCCAUUUUAAAGAGUUUUUCGAAGAAAAUGAGUCGAUAAUGAGAUUGAACUAUUAUCCACCGUGUCAGAAACCAGACCUUACCUUAGGCACGGGGCCUCAUUGUGAUCCCACAUCCUUAACCAUCCUCCAUCAAGACACGGUGGGUGGCCUUCAAGUUUUCGUCGAAAACGAAUGGCAAUUCAUCGCUCCAAACUUCAACGCUUUUGUUGUCAACAUAGGCGACACCUUCAUGGCUCUAUCAAAUGGAAGAUACAAAAGUUGCUUGCACAGAGCAGUGGUAAACAACAAAAUUCCUAGGAAAUCGCUUGCUUUCUUUCUUUGUCCCAAGAAGGAUAAGGUGGUGAGCCCACCAAAUGAAUUGGUGGACUCCAACAACCCUAGAAUAUAUCCAGAUUUCACAUGGCCAGCCCUCCUCGAGUUUACACAGAAGCAUUACAGAGCUGACAUGAAUACCCUCCAAACUUUCUCAAACUGGCUUCAACUGAAAACAUCUGAGAGUAUAGUGUCUUAA